AUGGCCAAGUUUCCGACGGUGCGCACACCGACGAUCGAAGAGGUCCUGGAUAUCGCCGAAGGCUACGGCAUGACGAUCACCGUUGAGGACGCGGAAUCGUAUCGUGGGCUCAUGGAGGGCACGAUCGCGUCCUAUCACCGGCUCGACGAUCUCGAUGAGCCGAAGCUUCCGGUGAAGUAUCCGCGCAGCACGGGCUACCGGCCGCCGCCGGAGGAGAACCCCUACAACGCCUGGUACUGGAAGUCCGAGGUGAAGGGCAGGGGCGGCGGGCCGCUCAAGGGCAAGCGGGUCGUUCUCAAGGACAAUAUCUGCCUGGCCGGCGUGCCGAUGAUGAACGGGGCCACGGUGCUCGAGGGCUAUGUGCCCGAUAUCGACGCGACCGUGGUGACCCGGAUUCUCGAUGCUGGCGGCACCAUCAUCGGCAAGGCCGCCAACACCUACCUCUGCUUCGAUGGCGGCAGCGCCACCACCGCCACCGGCAUGGUCGAGAACCCGCACAAGAAGGGCUACACCUCCGGCGGCUCGUCCGCCGGCAGCGGCGUGCUGGUCGCCAUCGGCGAGGCCGACAUGGCGCUCGGCGGCGACCAGGGCGGCUCGAUCCGCAUGCCCGCAUGCUGGUGCGGCAUCUACGGGCACAAGCCCACCCAUGGGACUGGUUCCCUACACCGGGAUCUUCCCCAUCGAGCAGACCCUCGACCACACCGGCCCGAUGGCGCGCUCGGUGAGCGACGUGGCGGCCCUGCUCCAGCUCGGUCAGGGCCGCGUCAGCGGUUCACGGAGCUCGGCGCCACGGUGGACGAGAUCUCGAUCCCCAUGCACCUCGACGGGCCGCAUAUCUGGAACGGCAUCGCGGUGGAAGGCGCGACCGCGAUGAUGCUGAAGGGCAACGGCUUCGGCACCAACUGGGAAGGCUACUACGCGACCUCGCUGAUCGACGCCUAUGCCAGGGGCUGGCGCUCGCGGCCGGACGACCUCUCGGAGACGGUGAAGACGGUCAUGAUGCUGGGCGAGUACAUGCACCGGAACUACCACGGCCGCUACUACGCCAAGGCGCAGAACCUGAGCCGCAGGCUGCGUGAGACGUAUGACGCGGUGCUGGCUGAGUACGAUGUGCUCGCGAUGCCGACGCUGCCGAUGCUCGCGACCGAGUUGCCGGCGCCCGAUUGCUCGCGCGAGCACUAUGUCGAUGUCGCGCUGAACAUGCUGGCCAACACCUGCCCGUUCGACGCCACGGGCCAUCCGGCCAUGACGGUUCCCUGCGGCAAGGCAGACGACUCCCCCAUCGGGAUGAUGCUGAUCGGCAAGCGCUACGACGACGCGACCGUUAUCCAGGCCGCCGCCGCCUUCGAGACCCUCGGCGUCUUUCGGACAUAG